AUGAACAACGCAGCAGAACAACACACGGACGAACAGCGCAGAUCCUCCGGAAUGUUCGCAUCCGCAUCGUCCGUGCUUCAGCCAUCACCAAACGGCACGAUGCCGCAUACGCUCCCGGAGGCAACGCCCGAGCAGCAUCAUCACCCGGCGCCAUCGCAAAAUCCAUCAGCGCCGCCAUCGCUCCCACAGCUCGCGUCGGCGUCCCCAAGCAGCGAUAACGGAGUAAUAUUGCAAAUGAUGCAAUUGUUGCAGCAACAAAUAUCUCAGCAGCAACAAUGGAUGGCCAAUAUGCUACAACAAGUGCCAAUGGCAAAGCAAGCGGAUAGCCAACGUGAGCCGAAUGAUCCGGAGAUAAUUUUGAACGCACUCGCGGAGAGCAUCACCGAAUUCCAUCACGACGCGGAGGCGGGUAUCACUUUCGGAGCGUGGUACGACCGCUACGAAGACCUUUUCGAUCGCGACGCUUGCCGUUUAAGCGAUUCAGCAAAAGUGCGUCUUUUGGGGAGGAAGCUGGGCACCGCCGAACAUAAUCGCUUCACUAGUUUCAUACUCCCUCGCGCUUCCCGCGACCUCACCUUCGCCGAGACCGUAACCACACUUAAGGGACUAUUCGGCAGUAAGGAAUCCCUUUUGAGCAAGCGUCAUAGAUGUUUCAAUACAUCAAAAGCUCGAGGGGAGGACUUACUCGGUUUCGCCUGUCGGGUCAACAAGGCAUGUGUGGAUGCUGAGCUAUCGGCCAUGACAGAGGAACAAUUUAAGUGCCUUAUGCUGGUGAGCGGCCUGAAGGAUGAAGAAGACCGGGACAUCCGUGUAAAGCUUCUGGCACGGAUCGAGCAGCACCCGGAAAUCACUCUGCAACAACUAUCUGAAGAGUGCAACCGCAUUGUAACGCUGAAGGAAGACAGCGCCAGGAUCGAAGCGCCCGCACACGAUCGCGUUCUUGCCGUGCAAAGUGGAAAACCAGCUAACCAACGUUUUCGGCGGCCUACAACGGAAUCGGGACCCAAAACGGCGUGUUGGCUCUGCGGAGAGCUUCAUUGGGUCCGCGACUGUCCUUUCCGUUCCAAUAAGUGUGACGCCUGCCACAAGGUCGGUCAUAAAACCGGAUUCUGCAAGCCGAAACGUUUCCGACGCCAUUCCGGAAAGCACCAUGGGAAGCGGCGUACAGCAAUCCGGGUGGUCACAGUCGAUGUCCGUAGUGUCCAAAAACGGCGUCGCUUCGCAGCAGUCAUCAUCAAUGGUGUCGGUUUCGAGAUGCAGCUCGACACAGCGUCAGAUAUCACCGUCAUCGACCGGACGGCCUGGACGCAGCUUGGUAGCCCUCAUCUGGCUCCACCAUCUGUCAUCGCCCGAUCUGCGUCCGGGGGCAACGUGCAUCUUGACGGCGAGUUCUCAUGCACAGUCAGCAUGGGACACCGAUCUACAGAGGCUACAAUACGAGUAGCAAACGCCGGACUUCUUCUCCUGGGAACCGAUCUCGUGGAUGCCUUGGACUUAUGGACGCUGCCAAUGGACAAGUUUUGCCGCAGCCUGGCAGUGUCGGCGGUAUCGUCCGGAAACUUUCACGAGCGGUUUCCAAAAGUCUUCAACGGCACAGGAUUGCCCAAACGACCGGUGGCGUACGCUCUUCAGGACACGGUCAAUCGCGAGCUCGACCGACUAGAGCAGCUAAAAGUCAUCACCCCGGUAACAUCAUCCGAUUGGGCAGCCCCGGUAGUGGUGGUUCGAAAGGCAAACGGCCAAGUUCGCAUUUGCGGGGAUUACAGUACAGGGCUAAACUCAGCACUACAGCCCUACGAGUAUCCUCUACCCCUGCCGGAGGACAUUUUCGCACGGUUGGCAAACUGCACCAUUUUCAGUAAGAUCGACUUGUCAGAUGCCUUCCUACAAGUGGAGAUUGCGCCCCAAUAUCGCCCGAUGCUGACCAUCAACACGCAUCGCGGCUUAUAUACCUAUAAUCGGUUGCCGCCAGGAAUCAAAAUCGCGCCAGCCGCUUUCCAGCAGCUAAUGGACACCAUGCUGGCUGGCUUAACAGGCGUUUCCGGUUAUUUGGACGAUAUAAUAAUCGGCGCAGCAACUGUGCAGGAACAUGAUGCCGCCGUAACCAAGGUCCUGGAACGCAUGCAAGAAUAUGGAUUAACCGUACGUCAGGAAAAAUGCGUUUUUCGUACACGGCAGAUACAGUACCUGGGACACAUCAUCGACAAAGACGGCCUACGCCCUAGCCCAGAGAAAAUCGAAGUCAUCCGCCGUCUUCCGGAGCCUGCUAACAUCACAGAUGUCCGUGCCUUUCUAGGGGCCAUUAACUACUAUGGCAAGACUCCGGGCGAAGUUAUGUUUGGAAGGAAGCUGCGAACAUCGUUGGAGUUACUGAAGCCUCCGCCCUCUCCGGUAAAAGUGCACCCAUCUUCUGAAAUUGCCAGACAAUUCCGUCCCGCAGAUCCAGUAUAUGUCAAAAUGUAUUCUGGUAACAACUGGAACUGGAUCGCUGGAACAGUAGUGAAUCGGCAUGGUAGAGUUAUGUAUGAAGUGAUCACGGAAGACAACAGAAACAUUCGGCGGCAUAUCAAUCAGAUGCGGAAGCGCGCCCACAGCACUAGAGACGCGCCUAUUGCAACAAAGUCACAACAGUUGCCUUUAGAGAUUUUACUAGAUGAAUGGCACAUACCACCAUUACAUGCUAAAGGUCCUACACCAACGGCUAAUUCAUCGUCAACGUCCGCAUCAUCGUCUUCGCAACAAUGUGCGCUAUCGUCACCGUCUGUCCAAGUUACUGCACCAGCAGGAUUCCUGGUAGACCCAGAUUUGCCGGUCCAAAGCCGUUACCGGUACAGCAGCCACGACGCUCUUCUCGUAGGAGAAAAGUUCCUAGUAGGUUUGACUUGUACCGGACAAAUUUAA